AUGUCUGACUCAAGCGACGAUGAUGUUCCUUUGAAACAAAGAGUUGCUAAGAAGAAGACUCAGACCAAAAAGACAACUGCUGUGAAAGAGAAGGCCCCUGACUCCGCGAGAAAGCGGCAGCAAGCAAAGCCAAAGGCGUCUCCCAAGGCCAAGGCUGCCCCCAGAACCCCAAAGAAGACAGCCAGAGGGGAGGGCACAGCAGAGGAGGAGGAAAAUCUGCUGCCCAACGAUGCGAGGAAAUAUUUCAAGCAGGGCCAAAAAUUCAUCACUCCACCAAAUGGAGAUGGAACGAGAGGGUUUUAUGAGAGCCUCUUUGAGGAAAACAGAAAUAGCCUCGUGGCACUGAGGUACUUGGUUGAAUGGGGUGUUUUGACUGGGACGUUGCUGCACGAGUCACUGCCUCGUUACUUUGCACUAAAGGAAAAGGGCGCUUUCAAGGGGGCAGGUGGCGGGCUUCAGAGGGCCUUCAUGAACGGCGUGGACCAAGCAGAUAUCAAUGCUGCAGCAAAGAUGCUAAGCGCCACCAGCGGGAAUAUACAAUAG